ACCGUAAUGUUUGACACAACUUCCGGUAUUCAAGGAGACAAGGCCACCAUCAAGGCAAUCGUAAAACUUUGCCAUUAUUAUGGCGAGUUUGGGUCCUCGGUUUCUAACAUUGGGUGUGAAAUGUACAAAAUCUCAGUUACUCACUGCAGCUCUACCAAGUUGCACCCAGGUUGCAAAAUUACGAUCUGUAAACGAUCCGUUUCCAUUGCCCCCAAGGCCGAAACCUUUCCGUGGCAGAAAAUACAACGCUUUCUGGCAAAUGUUUGAUUCCCCUAUACCGCGCAUGAAUGAAAAUUCCAUAGUCGUCCUAGUGGAAGGGAAUCUCGGGACCGGAAAGAAAGAAUUGGCAAAGAAACUUGCAGAGGAAUUCGAUUUGUUGUAUAUUGAUGAUAUUGACUUUAACUCGAUGUACAUGAGUCCUGUAUUUGAAGACUUUAACUACCGAGACUUGAAUCAAUAUGCAGUUGAUAGACCGAUGUAUGUCGGUUUGGACGAAUUUUGGGCAACAGAAAAGUUAGAAGACAACCCUAUGAUUAUGCGAAGUCAGUUUGACUCAUUCCAUCUAAGGUGGUUUAAAUAUCGGAAUGCCUUGAAACACAUCUUCAAUACUGGACAAGGAGUUAUCAUGGCUCGCAGUGUUUACAGUGAUAUUGCUUUCUGCCAUGCCAUGGUGAACAGGAACCUCUUUAAGAAGUCAGUGUACAAGAAGUAUUUGGAGUAUACAAAUAAAGCUUUUAAAUAUCUAUUUACCCCACAUCUUGUCAUUUACUUGGAUGCAACGCCAGCUUACAGCAUGAAAAAGAUCAAAGAAAGAAAUGUGCCUCAUGAAGUCAACAGCCCAAUCCUAACCGAAGACUUUUUGUCAAAAAUAUCUGAGGGUUAUGACAAGAAGAUACUGCCCAAAUUGGAACCUUUAUCUGAAAUAAUGGUUCUUGAUGCUGACAAUCUUCCAGAUUAUGAUUUGCUUGUUGAAGAAAUGGAAAAAAUUGACUUCAACCCAUUCAGAGAUACCUUGCUUAGGGAUGAAAAAUUUGCAGAUUGGAGGCUCACACAUGAAAGACAAUGGGCUUCAUAUCGAAUAUGGUGUGACUUAGACCCAAGUCAUUUUUGGACGUGUAAUGACCCCCAGGGUCAUGUUGAGAUCAGAGAUAUUCAACUCACAGUCGAGGAAUUCACAACAUGCCGUGAUUAUAGGGUGAGAAAAGAACAGUACUACUAUGACAAACGAUUUGCACAAGGGAAAGAUGGAAUGAAGGGAGCAAUAAAGAGACUGUUUCAUAUAUAAGUCAAGCAGAGUUUGAACAGUAACAGGCUGGUGUAGAAACAGUGGAUGGUGUUUAUUUCAUAAGUAUUGACCGUAUUGACAUUGUUCUUGAUAUUGUCAUUCAAAAGGAAUUAAAAAAUACUUAUAUUUA